GGCAGUCGGCGCCGGGACGCGGUGCUGUGCGGUGCGUUGUCGGGCAGUGCCGCGGCCGGCGCCGCGCGUCGCCUUUUCCCCUUAUGGAAGAGAUGGAAGAGGAGCUAAAAUGCCCGGUGUGCGGCUCCUUCUACCGCGAGCCCAUCAUCCUGCCCUGCUCGCACAACCUGUGCCAGGCGUGCGCCCGCAACAUCCUGGUGCAGACGCCGGAUUCGGAAUCCCCGCAGAGCCGCCGCGCGUCGGGUUCGGCCGUCUCCGACUACGACUACCUGGACCUGGAUAAGAUGAGCCUGUACAGCGAGGCGGACAGCGGCUACGGCUCCUACGGCGGCUUCGCCAGCGCUCCCACCACCCCGUGCCAGAAAUCCCCCAACGGCGUGCGGGUUUUCCCUCCCGCCGCCCCGCCGCCCCCCGCCGCCUUGGCCCCUCCGCCUCCGCCGCCCCGCAACGCGUGCCUGACGUGCCCGCAGUGCCACCGCAGCCUGGUGCUGGACGAGCGCGGGCUGCGCGGCUUCCCCCGCAACCGGCUGCUGGAGGGCGUCAUCGAUCGCUACCAGCAGGGCCGGGCGGCGGCGCUGCGCUGCCAGCUGUGCGAGAAGGCGCCCAAAGAGGCGGCCGUCAUGUGCGAGCAGUGCGACGUCUUCUACUGCGAGCCGUGCCGCCUGCGCUGCCAUCCGCCCCGCGGCCCCCUGGCCAAACACCGCCUGGUGCCGCCCGCGCAGGGCCGCGUCGGCCGCCGUCUGAGCCCCCGCAAGAUCUCCACGUGCACGGACCACGAGCUGGAGAACCACAGCAUGUACUGCGUGCAGUGCAAGAGCCCCGUGUGCUACCAGUGCCUGGAGGAGGGCAAGCACUCCAGCCACGAGGUGAAGGCGCUGGGGGCCAUGUGGAAGCUGCACAAGAGCCAGCUGUCCCAGGCCUUGAAUGGGUUGUCAGACAGAGCCAAGGAGGCAAAAGAGUUCCUGGUGCAGCUCCGCAACAUGGUGCAGCAAAUCCAGGAGAACAGCGUGGAGUUCGAAGCCUGCCUGGUGGCCCAAUGUGACGCCCUCAUCGAUGCCCUCAACAGAAGGAAAGCCCAGCUGCUGUCCCGUGUCAACAAGGAGCACGAGCAUAAGCUGAAGGUGGUGAGAGACCAGAUUUCUCACUGCACGGUGAAGCUGCGGCAGACCACGGGGCUGAUGGAGUACUGCCUGGAGGUCAUCAAGGAGAACGACCCCAGCGGCUUCCUGCAGAUCUCCGACGCUCUCAUCAGAAGAGUGCAUUUAACAGAGGACCAGUGGGGAAAAGGGACGCUCACACCCCGCAUGACCACGGACUUUGACCUGAACCUUGACAACGGCCCCCUCCUGCAGUCCAUCCAUCAGCUCGACUUCGUGCAGAUGAAAGUUUCCUCCCCAGUGCCGGCCCCCCCAAUCCUGCAGCUGGAGGAAUGCUGCACCCACAACAACAGUGCCACGCUGUCCUGGAAGCAGCCCCCCUUGUCGACGGUGCAGGUGGAAGGCUACAUCCUGGAGCUCGACGAUGGCAAUGGAGGGCAGUUCAGGGAGGUGUAUGUGGGCAAGGAAACCAUGUGCACAGUGGACGGGCUUCACUUCAACAGCACUUACAGCGCCCGUGUGAAAGCCUUCAACAAAACAGGAGUCAGCCCCUACAGCAAGACCCUGGUGCUGCAGACAUCCGAAGAGACGCAGUCAGAAGAACAGACCCUCCCUUUUCCAGUGCCUUUGGAAAGAUUGCAGCUUCGUAGAAUGAGUCCUUUCUCCUCCACCCUUAAUCUACAACCCAGCUUCCCGGGGAGAUCCUACUUUGAGCUAAGAUCUUCGGCCCACCAGCUGAGCUUGCAUUCUUCCUUACAGUCCCUGAACUCAGCCGGAUGCAAUUUUGAGACACAAGGAACGCCUUACUCUCAAUUAGUUGACAUUAAAAAAAUGGUGGCAGUAGCUUGGUUUUCUUUCGAUCCUGCCUCUGCACACGCUGACAUCAUCUUUUCUAACGACAACCUGACUGUCACCUGCAACAGCUACGAUGACAGGGUUGUGCUGGGGAAAACGGGCUUUUCCAAAGGGCUGCACUACUGGGAGUUGUCCAUCGAUCGUUACGACAACCACCCGGACCCGGCCUUCGGCGUGGCACGCAUCGACGUCCUGAAGGAUGCCAUGCUGGGCAAGGAUGACAAAGCUUGGGCCAUGUAUGUGGACAACAACCGCAGCUGGUUCAUGCACAACAACUCUCACACCAACAGGACUGAAGGUGGGAUCACAAAAGGUGCCACGGUGGGAGUGCUGCUGGAUUUGACCAGGAGGACCUUGACGUUCUCCAUCAACGAGGACCAGCAGGGCCCCGUCGCCUUUGAGAACUUGGAGGGCCUGUUCUUCCCAGCAGUCAGCCUCAACAGGAACGUGCAGGUGACGCUGCACACGGGGCUGCCGGUCCCUGAGUUCUACGCCUCGCGCUCGGCCAUGCAGUGAGGAUGAGGCAGCACGGAGCUGCGAGCGCCGGCACUGGGGGCAGCCAGAAGGGAAGGAGGAACCCAGCUUUGGCAGUCUUCAUUCUCCACCCACCAGCGCUGUCCUGUGUGUGUACGCUUCGCUGUUUAGCUCUUUUUGGCUGAUGAAGUACCUAGGUAGCCCGAGAUGUCCCUGUGCCCGCUUUUAGGUUCGGUUUCACUCCUUUGAGUUGGGGCCUGGAGUUGUGAUGAGAGCUUCCCAUCCUGCAUCCUGCUGCAGCUGGCCAGGCUGUGGGAGGGACCCCCCAGAAAGCUUUCGCCCCCUCCAGCCCCGUUCCUUCGCAGGAUGUUUCUUUCCCCGUGGCCUUUCUUGCAGAGCACCUCCCUGCCACACACCGGGGUCAGCCCUGGGUUGCUGCCGGUCCCCAUGGAGGGAUGCCCCAUGUGCAACAGCAGCCCCAGCGGCACCCCCACUGCUGUUGGGGUGUUGCAGCUCCCAGUGAAGGCAGCAGCACCCCGGGGCGAUGCUCCGUGGCUGGGGUUAAACCACAGCCACCUGCUGGAGCAGAGCUGCAUUGUUGCUGGGGUCAGCGCCAGCAGAGCGGAGAGCAAAACCUUUCCCACCACUGUGCCCCCAAGGCUGGGCACAGCAGGGGCAGGAUUUGGGGCAAACCCAGCACCCGGCUCCCCACAAACCAGCACCACAGCCAUACGCCGUGCUGCUCCUUGGAGGCGAGCAUUUAUUUUUGUAGAGCCUUAAAUACUGCCCCAUAGCAUCCUUCCCUUGGCAGGAAAACUCACUCAGCAAAGAGGUUCUGAAGGGGAGCCCGGGGAUGGGGAGCACGGAGAGUCGACCUGCACUCAGGAAGCCGUGUCCCCUGCCAUGCCUGCCCUGUGGCCGUGCCCCAGGGGCGAUUCAGGCUCUGAGCAGCACCAUGCCUGCUGCCCACACACACUGCUACCCAAGGGCCAUGCAUGCGCUCAUCCCCACGCUUUGCUUUAUGGUCCUUCGCCCUCGCAGCGGCGGCGCUGCCCGUGCCAUCAGAAAGCUGCGGCUCAGACCCGGCAGAACAACUGUAUAUAGGUCACCCCCUCCCUACCACCCCCUUAUCCCCUCCGUCCCCGCGUUGCUCUAGUACGAAACUCACCUAAUUUAUUGACUGGGUGCUAUCUUGUUCAUUCACACCGAUGAGUUCCUCCGCUGUAGGAGAGCUGUGUUGCGGGACAACGCCGAGCGGCUCUGCGGUGAUUGCCCCAUGGGCUCCGUGGCCGGGUCACGGGGUGCCUUCCUCAGCCCUUUCCCCCCUUCUUUAGGAUGUUCAUGGUGCUUAUUAGGCUCCUCAUGGUCGUGCGGUGUCGUCCCCACUGUCCCGCGAUGAUAGCUGCCUGCAGCUGCUCUGCUCCUGACGAGUGUCACGGUUGCUGUUCUAAUAAAGGACUUUUAUCAGAUUAAAA